GGGCUCCUUCUGCUUCUUCUUCUUCAUUCUCCUUCCUCCUUCCUGCUCUUUUCUUAGCGUUUGCGCGACGUCUUCGGAGUUUCUGAGUUUUAGAGGUGUUUUAAUAAGGAAGUGAUCUUUCUUUUAGAAAACGCGAUUUCCGAGUGAUAAAGACGUUUUGAAAGGAAGGCUGGACCGCUUGUGAACGUUUCUCCAUAACUUUUGAAGCAGAAGAAAAAAUCAAAAUGUCUGACUGGGAAGACGAGCCUACGACAGCUGGCGGUUCUGGCGAUCAGCCUGCCAAGACUCAAACGAAUGUUUCCGGAUGGAGUGACGAUGAGGGCAAUGAUAACAAGAACAGUGGAGGCGGAGAAAGGGGCGGCUAUCGCAGGGGAGGUGAAAAUUCAGACCUCAAUUUAGCCACGGAGCUACCGCCAAUCCCGCCAAUUGGUUGUAGUGAGGAUGUUUUGAACGAUUUCAUAGACCGUCUUGAGCUCGACAAAAACAACACAACUCUGGAUGAGGUGCGAGAGCUGAGGGACUACUUGUUUACAGCUUUCAAGGAUUUGGUUAUCUCUCAGUGGGCUAACAUCGAGAGCCUAGAUCAAGAAGAACGUGAUCGAAAAGUACAAAAAAUGCGCACAAUGGCUGCCCAGAUGGAUAGCUUAAUUAUGGACGUAAGUAGACUUCUGGACGAGACUGAAUUGGGAACAUCACAAGAGCACGAUGCAUUUGUUCAGUUGAAACAAAUGGGCAUUCAUUGGGAAGAAAAUGGCCCGAAUUUGGAUACGAGGGAAACAGUUCUUCCGCAAACAACUCGGUCGAGAAAAUCACGCCAUGCUAAAAAGACUGUAGGUCGGGCUCUCCAUGAAGUGAUGUCGAUUACAGAUAUUUACGAAAACGGCCGUCGCCUGGACGAAGAACCACAAAGUGAAGAUGCUGCAAGUACAUCGCAGGAAAGCUACACGGAGGUGCCUGCAUCCGAGACGCCUCAAACCUAUGGCUCUUCCAGAUUUUCACAAAAUGUAAGCGGAGGUCUUCUAAACUGCCACAAAAUGAAGGAAGUAAAGUAUGUAGACAUACUACAACUGUCCAGAAGCGUGCCCUGGCCAAUUGCCCCACCUUUUGUUUGGCCAGUUUACCCGAAAUCCUACUAUAGAAUCCAUGCUUUUACCGAACGACCAAUGAAACGGACCAGGGAGCCACCACAAACUGGCAACCGAGGACCAAACAACACGAAUAGCAUACAGGCAAGCAGACAAAUUGAUGUGGCUAGGCACCACCGCUCCCAUAACCAGGACCUGGAAACACCGGACGGAGCUUAUUUUAGUCGAUACGGUGCGACCCGUGAUGAGGAGGCCGCGUGGUCAGCCGCUGGCGUAGUAGCGGCUGAGCCAGCAUCAUGGAGCACACCGAUAAAACGACACAGCGAGCUUGGCUUGUCGUUACCUUCAAAAUUGAACUUGUCAAUGUUUUUUGACGAAGAAUUAACAACGCCAGCAGGAGCUCCACCUAUGCCGCCAGAGUUUCCAUUGGGGUCAGUUGCCGACAGCGGCGCUGUAACGAUGAUGACAUGUGAUAAUGAGGAAACUGCUAUCGUCGGACCUGCUGCUCCAUCUAUUUCGGAGGUGACUUCCGGCCGCCCGGGAGGAGGUACACCGGCCUCUACGCCACUGCAUAGUUUCCGACCCCUGCUACCGGUCAUCAACGAGGAACAUCAACCUAGGAUGCUGGAACUGACAAUUAACUCACCCACAUCUGGAGGGGCAACCUUGGCAGAGCCACCGGCUAUUCCCUCUUCUUCGGGCAGGCAAGGCCGUGACUGGAAUUCGAUAUUUCGUCCCCGCGAUGAAAUUAUUAAUUAUUCUGAAGGAUCGGCUAUGCCCAGGAGGGCGGUACAGAGGCCUCGUCGUCGGCGUCGUGUACGCAUUCCAGCAAGAGAUGCCAAUAACGUGGAAACGCCACAAGAUCGAAUUCAAGGAGAGGAGCAAGUGGUGGCCACAAUAAGCAGUCAAGAGAUAACCCAAAAUUUUAUGGCACAAUUACUACAAAAAGCUACAGAGGCUGUUGGUUCUUCACAACAAACAAUAAAUGCUUUACGAUUAGCGACUUCAGCUUCAGCAAAUCCAACAACAAGCGGCAAGAAUCCGGUACUGGAUCAGAUGGAACCACGAGAAAUUGAAAAAAAUAAUGAAACUGCAGAACCUUCCGUGUCCAGGAGUCAAAUAAGUGAUGAGUUGAUCUUUCAACAGCCAAGAUGUCACUUGGAAGACACUACUAUAGCUAAUGCUACUAAGGAAGUACCGCAACAACCUUCCCUGGAACUAGAGACUUUUGCAGUUCCUCCUGGACUUAGUCAUACAAUUUCCCAAGAAAAAAUAGCAGAGUUGGAUACAACUAUCGAUAUAUCGAAUAUAUCGGCUUUAAAUUUGGAGCCACCUUGUUUCCCAACGAUAGAGCCCAUGGAAAUUGACCAUCCAGCUGCACAAGGGGAUCCAUCAAUCAUCAGUUUGGCUAAUUUAAGCUUACCAAAAGAUACAUCAAUUACUAGUUCGGCUGAUGUAGGCGCACACGCCAUUGUAACGGAUGUGCAGAUAUUAAGGGGGCCGAAGGCGAUGGCAACAUCGUCGCGCCAUCUCCCUGACGAUACAUCCAAUUUAACCAUAAGAGUAGUAGAUCCGUCUGCAAUUGGAUCUAAUGGUGGGGUGGCUUCCGAGCUUGUAGAGUUGGAGAAUUCUCGAGCAGAAAGUUCUCUAUAUAAUCGGGAAUCAGUAGAAGACUUGAAUUAUAUUGUGCAGCAUGUGGAUAUGCUGCGUCUAAAUAUCGAUCGCCAAAAGGAAUUGUCUUUGACUACAGAGUGCCCUGAAUCGCCGUCUAAACGGUCAAUGCCUGCCGUCAAAGUCUACGAUCACAAAAUCUUUUUAAACAUACCCGAAGCAAAGAUUCGUAUUCUUCACAAGAUACUCGGUGCUAUUGUUAUGCAUCCUCAGGUUGAUAUGCGAAGUGCUGAUUUUGUUGGAAAUCGCAUGGAUGUGUCGGUGACGUUUCGGGUGUUGCACGAUCUGAAGGCGGCCAACAUUGUAAAUCUUAGCAACGAUGAUCGAAUUUUUUCCCUAAAGUAGCGCAUAAAAAGCAAGGAUUACAAGAAUAGAUUGUGUUGUUAACAUAAUGCAUAUAUAUUUUAUGUUCGUAUGAGUAAGAAAAAAAGAAACGUUGGUUGUUUUAAAUUACGUUUGAACACAAUAGUGUAUUCAGAUUUUACUUUUUCCUUGAUGAAUUUUCUUAACGCAAAUAAGAAUAUAUUUUGUAUUUUUCUUUUAAUUACUUAUUAUCUGAAAAUUUAAUGUUUAUGUUGUGCACAUAUUACAAGGAUUUUAGUUGCAUAUGAGUAAAAAGAAAAAACAUUGAUUGUUUUUAAUUUCGUGUAAAUAAAAAGUAUAUUUUGAUGUUACUUUACCCUGAUAAGAAUAUAUUUUGUACUUUUCUUUUUAUUACUAACUUUCAAAUGACAGUUUAUGAUG